AGAGGCCUUUGCUGGCUUCUCGUUGUGUUGAGAACUCUUUCCAGUUUCUGUGAAGAGUAAAAUGGGGCAGGUAGUACGGCAGUCAGAUAACCCGGUAUGGGAAGAGUCUAUCGAUAUGGUGCUUCAUGAUGACUCUGGAGUUCUCCAUCUUCAUGCUUACAGACAAGGGUCCAACAUCAAGGCUGAUUUCUUUGGCAGCUGUCAAAUCAAUGUGCAAUAUGUUGAUGAUGAUUCAACUAUUUUCUGGGCAGUGGGGCCGAAUAACUCAGCAAUAGCUGUCCGGUCAGAGUUCUGUGGUAAAGAUGUCAACAUGACUAUCCCUCUUGAGCACAGCCCUUCUGCAGAGAUAACGGUGAGGUUAUCACUGAAGGAGUGGCAGUUUGACGAUGGUUCAAGAGCAGUUGCUAACUUCAUACCAUCCUUAUCGGCGAGAGAGGCAGCUCAACCAUUACUGGGGGCGAUCUCACGGCUACAGCCACUGACUGGGCGCACAAUUUUGGUCUCUGCAGUAGAAGGGCGGAAUCUUGCGCCCAUUGGGAAGACGGGUAAAAGCAACCCUUAUGUGAAGCUAACCUAUGGCCGGACAGUGCGGAAGACUAAAAUCGUUAACCAGGAUCUAAAUCCAGUCUGGAAUCAGGACUUCGUCUUCAAGGAGGUGGCAGGUGGAGAAUACCUGAAGAUAAAGUGCUACGACUCUGACAAGUUUGGUGAGCAAAGCAUUGGAAGUGCUCUUGUGAAUUUACAGGUGCUAGGCGCCUUAGUGGAUAGUGGAGCCACUCGUAGUUAUAUCAGUAGGAAGGCGCUACAGAAGCUGAAGUUGCAAUUAAAAGUCCAAGAGUUAGCAGACCCUGUAGUCAGUAUCGUUGCGGAUAAUCGCACGAUGCGAGUGGAAGACUACGUAGAGGGAGUCCAGGCGUAUUUCCGCCUAGAGAAGGCUGGGAAAGUAGAGAAAGUUCUCCAUUCCCUGACUCUCCUCGUAGAGGAUAGCCUCCCGUUCGAUAUAGUCCUGGGUAUGGACUGGGGAGAGGCAGCCGGGGCCACACUCCACUUGAGCGAGCAUGAGUGUAGGCUCCCUAGUCCGUCAGGCGACGUCAAAGUUGCGCGUCUGUACCAUGUGUCAAGAGUAGAUGACUCCUUGGCACAUUGCUGCCUUAGUGCUCCUGCAUUUGCACGAUUAGUGAAAAGGGAGCAGCUAGAGGAACAGGUCUUUGUAGCCUAUGUUAGGCCAGUCACCGAGCCUAAGGAAGAGAAGCCCAUAGACCCUGCUAUUGCCAAGCUGCUGGAAGAAUUCAAGGAUUUAGCUGAGCCGCCGACAGGGGCAGUGUCGCGGCCCAUCCAGCACCGUAUUGAGAUAGAGCCUGGCAGUAGAACUCCUAAGGGCGCUGUGUAUAGGAUGUCCCCGCGGGAGUUAGAGGAGCUUCGCAAGCAGUUGGACGAGCUCCUUGAAAAGGGUUGGAUUAGGCCCAGUUCAUCUCCUUUUGGAGCACCUGUUCUCUUUGUCCCCAAGAAGGAGGGAGAGUUAAGGAUGUGUAUAGACUAUAGGGGUCUGAAUGCUAUCACCGUGAAGAAUGCUGAGCCACUGUCUAGGAUAGAUAAUCUCCUAGAUAGAGUGCAGGGGUGCAAGUAUUUCUCUAAGAUAGAUUUGAAGUCCAGAUAUCAUCAGAUAGAGGUUCACCCUGAUGAUCAGUACAAGAUCGCAUUCCGGACUAGAUACGGGCACUACGAGUUUAUUGUGAUGCCCUUUGGACUAACCAACGCGCCAGCAUCUUUUCAGCGAUGUAUGAAUGACUUGUUUAGGCCGUGGUUAGAUAGGUUUGUUGCAGUUUACCUAGAUGACAUCCUAGUGUUUAGUAAGACCCUCGAAGAGCUUCAGGGUCAUCUCAGGCAGGUCUUGGAGAAGCUGAGGGAAGCUAACUUCAAGAUCAACACAAAGAAGUGCGAGUGGGCAAAGACCAAGUUUUAUAUUAGGCCAUAGUUGCGGUCGUUCUUAGGCCUAGCAAACUACUAUAGGAAGUUCGUAAGGAACUUCUCCACCAUCGCUGCGCCCCUUCGCAGAUUGCUCAGGAAGGAGACCAUCUGGAAGUGGGAUAAGGACUGCACGUCUGCCAUGAAGAAGUUAGAACAGGCGUUGAUAGAAUACCCAGUCCUUAAGGUCGCCGAUCCGUCCUUGCCCUUUGUCGUCACUACAGAUGCGAGUCAGUACGGCAUAGGUGUUGUGUUGCAGCAAGACGAUGGCCAUGGUUAUAGGCCCGUAGAGUUCAUGUCCGCCAGAAUGCCUUCAGAGAAGGUCGCGACAUCUACCUAUGAGAGGGAACUCUACGCUCUCAGGCAAGCGUUAGAACAUUGGAAGCACUACUUGCUUGGGAGGCACUUCAAAGUCUACUCCGAUCAUGAAACGUUGAGAUGGUUAAAGACGCAGGCCAAGAUGACACCUAAGCUUACUAGGUGGGCCGCCGAGAUAGAUCAGUAUGACUUUGAGCUCAAGCCAGUCAAGGGAAAGUAUAACGUAGUUGCGGAUGCUCUGAGUAGGAGAGCUGAUUACUUUGGGGCAAUAGUGCAUUACUUAGAUAUAGGGAAGGACCUGCAGUAGAAGAUUAGAGAAGCCUAUGCGCAGGACCCUGUCUAUAGUGACCUCCUCAAGAGGGUCAAGGCGGGGCCCCAAAGA